AUGUCAUUUGACGAGAGUUCUUCCAACAAGAGGACCCGUGCCUCGGGAGAAGUGUUGGACUAUCUUCUUCUGGAGUUUGACCAUAAUCAUAACCCAUCUCCGGAGCAACGGAAGGAAAUCUCAGAUCGUACCAAUAUGUCCGAAAAGGCCGUACGGAUUUGGUUUCAAAACCGUAGAGCCAAACUUCGGAAAUUAGAGAGAAUGGGUCGUAGUGGUACUGGUAGCAUUCAUUCAUCGCGAUCCAAUUCCAUUUCGAUCCAUGAUCUUAAUAUGAGUCCCACUGGAUUAAAUGGACAAAUCAACAAUACCAAUAACAAUACCAAUACCAAUACCAAUACCAAUACCAAUACUAAUAAUACUAAUAAUACCUUUACACAACAGAAUAGCAGCUUUUUCUUUGGACUAGGCUCAAUACCAAUUGAAAUCAAUGAGAAAUAUUGUCUAGUCGAUUGCUCGUCGUUAUCGGUUGGAUCAUGGCAAAGAAUAAAGAGCGGGUACCAUGAUGAGAACUUGUUGAAGAACAGUUUGGUUAACUUGGCUCCAUUUACACUCAAUACAGUGAUGUCCAAUGUGGAUCUUUUGGUGAUACUUUCUAAAAAAAAUUUGGAAUUGAAUUAUUUCUUUUCCGCUAUCUCCAACAAUUUAAAGGUUUUAUUUAGAAUCUUUUAUCCAAUCCUGAGUAUUGUAACAUGUUCAUUACUCGACAACAAUAUAAACAAGGAGAACAACGAGUUGAGAGUUAGCUUGUCCCAUCAACCCAAGUUUUCUGUGUAUUUCUUCCUGGGGGCGAAUGCAGAAUCCAAUCAAUGGUCAAUCUGUGAAGAUUUUAGUGAAGGUCAACAAGUCAGUCUGGCUUAUUGUAAUGAAGGAGGUAGUUCAAUCCCACAUGUUUUGGUUGGAGUUAAGAAUUCAUUACAAUUCUUGAAUGCCUUUAUAUUGGAGAAUAAUCAACUUAGUCAUGAUACUUCCAAUUUCCAUAUUCCAGAUGGUACCAAUGGAGGAGAUGAUGCAGUGACUUUCCCUGACGAUGAUUUACCAUGGAAUGGGAACACCUUACAUCAAACAUCUUCGAUACAUCUGCGAGGGAAUGGAUAUUCACCAAUGGGGGAAUUUGAUCUGGAAACUUCACCAAAUUCCAUGACUAGUAUGAACAGCAAGACUAGCACUACGAUCGGACCACUUCUCCCCAACGAAAUCAAGACAAGCAGUGGCGGUGGUAGCAUUAGUCAUGAACAUGGCAAUGACCACCAAGAUACAAACUCAGUGAUACACAACAAUUUAAACCACCUCAGCAAACAACAAGAUCAUCAACAUAACAAUAAUAAUAGCAACUCUUCUCAGCAUGGUGGAGCAGGAGCAGGAGCAGGAGCAGGAGGAAGUGGUGGAGGACCCCAUGACCCAUACAACGAACUGUUCAAUGCCAAUACACCCGAUUUUUUCACUGCUACGGGUGCACAAACACCAGCAGGACUUUCAUCCAUGCAUAACAAUGACAUUAACGGUUCCGGGUACAAUAACAACACCGAAAAUUUAAUUCACAGUCCAUCGACAAACUUGCAAGCAUAUACACAUCAGACCCAUUCUCCAUUCCCGUCUAUCGACAAGGACGGGAAACAUAAUUAUGGAAUGAGUUUGGUUGGACAAGGUGAUCAUGACCACGUUCAGGAUGGAGAACCCGACCAUGAAGACCAUGAGAUGGUUGACGAGCCAUUUAUAGAUCUCCAUGGGGUUUCUCAGGUGGGAGGAACCAACAAUUCGAACCUGACUCCACAAAGUCAUACGGAUUUUGAGUUUACUCUCAGUAAUGAAUUUGUUAGUCAUACGCCUAAUAGCGAAGCAAAUGCAACUUCACAUGGUGGCCACCAGGUCGACAGUUUUAUAGAUUAUAACAAUAACUAUCCGUAG